CUUUUGGUUUGUGUUUUSCUCCUCGGCAAAUUCACUAGCAUCGAUAMAGCUAAUUCACAAUUAUGUCCAGUAGAUCAGACGUCUUCUUUUUMAAUCGAAAUGCUGGUAAACUAUGUGAUUCUUUGAACCCAUUUUGAUUAUWGAAGUUUUGAAAAGCUAGAACUCAUACAAAGGAGAAAUGAUAGUAGUAUUCGAAGUWAGUGUAGUUCUUCGAAAACCACCUUUGAAUACCUUUUGGCCAAGUUCUUGGAGCUCAUUGCCAUUUGUUUCAGUCAACACACUCCGGUAUUAUCRUCAGUACCUUUGAUGACAAAGUCAUGCACAUUUUCCAAGACCAACUUUGGCACAUGUUUSGGGACACCAAUCCCAAAUCCUAAUUUUCUUUGACUUCCUCUUGCAUUUUCUUUUUAUCUUUMUCUUUUUUCCUUUCUUCACCCAGUUGCAGUUCUUCUUUUUCUUUCCAUAUUCCAAAUCAUCUCUAUCUUUGCAUUCAAUGGACGUUGUGGGCGGUGUUGUGGGCGGUGUUGUGGGCGGUGUUGUGGGUGGUGUUGUGGGUGGCAUUGUGGGUGUAAUGGUGGGAGGAACAUCAUCAUCUCCAUUAAAGGGUAUUCCAUUUACUGUAUAUUUCAGCGGCGGUUCACUAUCCUUUGGUCCUGCCAAGGCACGGUUGGCACGCAACUUGUUCUGGCAAUAAACCUGUGCCUCGUAAGGCUCAUCUUCUGUAGCGACAUUCACAUGAAAUUUGUUCAUUCCUUUCGAAUCAAUGAAUGUUUCAAGAUUAUAGACCAAGCUGCCUCUUUUUGUUUUAAUSACAAGUUCGCAUCCAUCGAAUGUCCCGGAAGUAGAACCACCGUCAUCGUUGUACACAAACCCGAAUGCCCCAUGCAAUGCCGGAUAUAUGUAGCUUUCUAAACCACGAGUUGGAUCAGGCUCAUAAUAUCCUACAACAGUCGUAACUGGAACACGGUACAAGCGGGGUACUUUUCUACCAUUGUCAUAGUUUACAAACUCUUUCAUCUCCCCGCUACUAGGAUCGAACUUGCGAAAUCCAGUCAAAGACGAYGGAUCCCAAAUUGCUCUCGCUUCUAGAAAUUCCUGAAUAAUUUUUGCAACGUAGGGUGUGUACAUAGUAAACCUACUUGAACCCCAAAGAGGUUCUCCACCGGCCAUUGCAUCUGUGCCAAACUGGUAUUUGCCAAGGAAUGCCGACUGGCAAUUGCCAUCAAGACAUUGCUCCUUUCUCGUGUCACCAGGGGCAAAGUUGGGAAAGAAUGUGUUUGUUUCGCUAUCCCAUCCCCAGGAAGAGUUGAUUUCGUUGGCUGGACGGUGAACGCUCCCAUCGAAGCCCCCAACGUAGUGACCUAAUCCGUAAUUGUGUCCAAUCUCGUGGCUCAUUUCAUUACCAGUGGAAUCCCAUAAUGUAAUCAUACCRUUCCCUCCACUGAGACCGUGGACUACUCUUCCGUUUUGGUACAUUCCCACAGUGUUGUGGGCAGCUAAAAGUGCACAGGUGAAUGGAUGUGGCGAUUCUGAUUGUGCCAGCGAGCUUGAGAUGCCAUAAUUGGCCAAAUCAAUGCCGUGYGAAAGAAGAAUCUUGCCGAUAUGCUGCCUCAUAUCACCCGAAUAUACCCCCCCCUCAUCGUCACUGACGCUGUCGUAGAAUUUUCCAUUUGGCAACAUGAUCUCGGUAAAGUGCAUAGUUUCGUAUUGAACAACAAUGAGACGGGUGAGAAAGGUCGUUUCGAAGUACUCUCUAUUUGUUUCUGGGUCGUCGCGGAAGGUGAACUCGUUUCGAGGCUCAGUUAAGAAUCCCGCAUCUAACGUGGUAAUAAUUAAUUCAGUAACCGCACCAACAUAUGCUUCUAGGAGACCUCGUUCGCCAGUAGAAGCAGCGAAUUCGAGGGUCAUGCCAGGUUGUACCCACUCUGGCUUUARUGUUGCAGUGUAAAAAUUAUGACCAAAGACAUACUCGUUGUGCUGUAGGUCAUCAAAAGCCAACCAUGCAUUGUUGURUGGAUUCAAAACAAGAAUCAGGACUUGGCCCUUGGACAAAUUUCUUAAUCUCCAGCCGCCGGUUUGUACAUUUGGAUAAUAUACGUUUAUGUUCCACGAAGAAUCGCAUGUAAUCUGAAUAGCGGAACCUGCACGAACGGUAGAACCAGAAGGAAUAUAAAAAUCUCUCACCCACGAACCAUCCCAUGUUUUUAUUUCAACUUCCUUGUUYGGGAUUUUACCUAAUAUCUCUYUUAGACCUGUCGCUUCGGGAUCAUUACCAAUAUCAUCUAGAUUUUGCUGGUACUGUAUGACAUAAGGAUUAUCCAAUGYCGCAGGAAAUUCCAUUUUGAUAUCUGGUUUAGGAUCGCCCUCGGCCACCCAWAUAUUGUUGACUAGAACGAUAACUAUUUUGUCAUUCAUUUCCACAGAUCUGCUUCUCCACUCGUUGUCUCUUAGGUAGUUGACGGUUACCCCCCAUUCAGACUGACACGUGAGUUGRAAUUUGGAUCCUUCAGGCACCUCUGAUCCUUCUGGCAAAUAGAUAUUCUGAACCCAA